AUGAGUCUCUUCCACCGACGAAGCAGGUCUGCGUCGGCCUCGCGGCCCCAGACACCGGCGUCCGCAUCCGCCCAUAUGGCUGCGACUCAGGCUUUCCUGGCCAACAGAGCGUCCCAGUCGCAGAGUAAUCUGUCAGCUUCCGCUGCUGCCACCGCUCUCAGGACUAUGUCGCCUAGCCCCACCCCCGUCGAUCAGGUCCAGACAAAGCGCAUGAUUCAAAGGCAAGCUUCUCUUUCUCAACUUUCUUCUGGGUCCGGCCGAGGAAGAUCAAGAGGCGGUCUACAAAGACAACGCAGUUAUGGUUCCAUGACUGAGAGGUCAUUUAGAACACCCUCGCCGUCUCCAUCGAGACAGCCUUCGCGUUUAGAGGCUGUUCCGGCACCACCGUUACCGUCAAUACCGCAGCAAUUCGCUUCUGCUCCAGCCGUAUCCGGGAAGAAGCAGAAGCGGGCGUCUAGCCAAGGUGCUCCUCCACCACGAGUAUUGUCGCCGCCCCCAACACAAAAAGCAAGCCGGGGACAGAGUCUGGAUCGUUUCGGAAGUUCCCAAUCGGCUGUAGCAAGCCCAGGAAACCGGCAGAACAAUAUCUUGCCGCAGCUGCCUGAGCUUGAGCGUACGGAUAGCCGUAAUUCCAUCAAUUUUUCGAGACCUUUGUCGCCACGGCCGCAGUCUCCGGCUAUUCCGCAGCCACUUUUGACCAAUGGUGACAGGUCUCUGAAGAUACCUAACGCUCAGCCAAUUUCUCCGGCAGAAGCUGAACAGAUCCAGUAUGAUCUUGUGCAGAGGGCAAAUCAACCAGUCAGAAAGAAGAAAAAGAAAGUUGCUCCUGCAGCGGCUGAAGGCAGUCACCUACACACCGGGACGAUGGCCAGCAAGCCUGUAGUACACCCCCUGGAACCAGAGUCUGAGCCAGCAUCACAACCACAAGCCCUAUUGGGUGACGAAGCACAGCCUCGGGCCAGAAGGAAAAAGAAGAAGGGAACAUUAUCCGGUCAGCACAUACAUUUUCCAUCGUCCGACACUUCCUCGAGGACCGAUUCCGACUCCGAUUCAAAUGCUGAAAAAGCGAGAGAAAGGCGCGCCCAAAGAGCCUCUGGGACACUGGUUAAACAGCCCUCUAUAGUUCGAGAGGACUGGGAAGGUGAACAAGAGGAAAGCGCCGGGGCACAGUUGACACCGGUUCAGCCGACGGUUGAGCAAGACGUCGCCGCUGCUCAAGACUCCCUACCCUUACAGGGUAAACGAGCAUAUAACACUGCGAACGUGUCGAGGAAGAUUGAAGAACCAGCUCCACCCACAAAAGUGACUACCCAAGCGGUGCCUGCAGACUCUCAAACACCAAAUGCAUCAAAGCUAUCCACGAGCUCGCCCAAAGUCUCGACCAACCUGCAGUUGAUGGAGCCUCAUGCACAGAGAGAAAAUUCUCUCAGUCCUUCUAGAUCAACCAGAUUCUCCGACAGGCUUUCUUCCGACCUUGCAGCUGGACGGAAACACGAACCACUCCCGCGGUCUGUCUCCCCAGCGAAAUCAGCGCUCAAGCACCAUUCUCCCAGCGCUGGAGACUCUUCCCAACGUGUUCGUGGUUCUAGUAUUACCCCAAGUGAAUCCUCGGAUAUCUCAAGCGCUUCAUUGGACGGCAUGCCCAGACAGAAAAAAUCUGUCCGCGUUAGCUUCGAUGCACAACCCGAGAUCGUAGGCGCGUCGGAUGGUGUUCAAAGCACAGAGAAUCCGAACAAGGAGAAGAAAUCGUGGCCGGGUCUAGGAAAGACGAAGCCAACGCUCAACACCAUCCCUUCAAAUGAUGACAUGGAGGAGCUCAUGAAACCCAGGCCUCAACUACCUUCAUUUGGCAGCGUCAGGGGUCAGAAAUUCCGCGAUGCAAGUGAAGCAAGUAUUUCGCAAUCAUCGAAGUCUCCUUCGUCAUCCGCGUCAGCUUCGACGUCCUCUGUGAACACAUACUCUCUGACAGGAGUCUCCAGUGACCACGCUGUUGGCGCAAUUCUCGCGCAAGAGCAGCAACGGGAGGCGAGUCAAGGAUCAAAUGAGCCCCUUCCUCCUGAAGUCACCUCUGUACAUGGUAAUGUGUCCUUCUCCGACUCCGAAAGCGACACCUCAGAAAUAGAGGAAGCAUCACUAGCAACCAACAAGAUAGAGGAGGAACCAGGAGCGCCCACUACGUUCUCAUCAGGGUUCGCGACUAUCAAUCAGCAAGUCACACAGCCGGAGGUUUCUGAACCAGUGAAUUCACCAAUCGAAGUGCCAGUUGUGUCUGUCUCGCCUCCCACUCCAAAACUCGAGGAUCAAUGGGAGGUUGUAUUGCCAGGAGGCUUUCCUGUGUCUCACGAAGCUCUUGCCCAGCUCAGUGAAUCACAGAAAGAGCCAAAACAGCCUAAUUUGGAGCUUAGUAGUACCACGGAGAGCGAGUCAGAUAAUGAGAGUAUCUACAGCGACGCUGCGGAAGACCCUGCUGAACUUGAUGGGACGGGAUUCGGUUCCAUCGACGCCAUCGUUGACAGUCCGAUAGUGGCGCAUGCAAAACUGGGCAUCACCUCUCCGCCUGAAAGUCCCCUCACGAAAGGUUCGGAAGCGCGACCCCAACCGGUGUCGGUAGGCUCCUGGGAGCAGACUCAGGCUCGAUGGCGCGACCUUGCAGAGCAAUCUAGGAGAGCACCUGAGGCGGCUCCAGCGGUUCAAAGCGAACCUCCUGUCGAGCCAUCGACAGGUGUAGCUUCAUUGAUUCAAGAGACAUCUAUGCAGCAAACUCUGCCGGCUUCUCAAAAGUCUUCUCAACCAAAGUCCAUGAAGACACCUGCCGCUAUAGCUGCUAGAGCUUCUAUUCCAAACCCCACAAGAACCGCAAAAAAACCAACGGGCGCAUCCCAACGCAAGAAGAACCAACCUUCCGGCCUUUCAACCAUUGCCUCAGGUCAACCCGGUCCACCUCCUGGGCCGGCUUCACAUUUCAGGCACUCAAUGAGAGCGGCCUCUCCAGUUGACGCGGAGCUGACCAUGCGCAAAUCCAUGCGGAAUCGCAAUUCUAUGCCUGCUCAUGCCCCCAUCUCUCAACAGCAGCGACCAUCAACCUUACCCUCCAAUGCUCCCAUGCAGCCACGGGCGGCUCUGCAGAAGAAGAGUAUUCCCCCUACCUCCUUGUCGACUUCUGCUGCGGCAACUGUAUCGGCACCACGGCCAGCACCCGCUCAAACUUCGACUACGAAUGACAGUGACUCUGACAGUUCAUUCAGAAGAGUCCGCAGAAGUAAGUCCACGGCGGGUGGCAAGUAUACCAUGCGCCGCAGCAUGAGAGGUGCUUCAGAUGCUACCUUACGCGAUAGUGGGCGUAAUGGGGUUCGAUCGGUCUCGCCUGUGGGACGACGACCGUUUUCAUCGGGUGUGCAGCACACUAUGCGUUCUUCAAUGAGAGGAUCCAUUGACAGCUCGGUUCCCACGCUACGUGGGUCGACCGAUGCAAAGCGGUCAUCCUCCUUAUUCGGACGAGGACAAGAACGUGUCCCGUCUCAAGCAGUCAUGGCGAAGCAUCGCUCUCGGUUCGCAGUUGACUCUGACGAUGAGGACGAUCGUCCCAAGCCUGGGAGGUGGGUAUCACGGUUCGCUGUCGAUAGUGACGAUGAAGACGAUCUGACCCCUGUUCGGGGGAUACCGCGGCGUGCUGAAGACCACGAUUCUACCGACCUCGAAGACAGUUCAGAUGAAGAGAGGCCAAAGACACCCAUUCAACCCAGCAGACUUCAGAUCCCUCAGGACGUCAUGUCACCUGCUGGGAGUGAAGCUAUGUCGCCUAAUACCGCGAAGAAACGCGGUCUCUUUGGGCGUUUGCGAGGCAAGAAGCAGAAGGGGGAAGCGUCGUCUCCCGUUGUCGAAUCAACACAAAUGCCUACCACGAAUGAUCUCUCGAAGCCGGCGAAUCUUGGAUUCUCAUCCAAAGCAGAGCGCGAUCGCAUGAUUGAGCAAACUCGAGCCCGGCUGGAAGCCGCCCAAGCGCCGUCUCAACCAACGAAUCAGACACAUCACAAACUCCAACGACGGCAGGCACCUCAACGGAUCAUGAGUGACUCGUGGCCUCUCCCUCCGAAGAUACCGGAGAGCGAGGAGAACACGGACAUUCGACCCAACACGGCCGACGGGCCGCCAGUGCGCAACGGGUCAACAAGGCUUACUCGAGGCAGCAUGCGAAUACAGGAAGUCCCUCUGGAGCCGGUAGGGCGAGGUGGGAAGAAGAAGAGAUUCCCUAUGUUGCGAAAAGCGUUUGGGUUGAAAGAUUGA